GGCGGCAUUUUUUUGACGUUUGUUUGUUGCCAAACGUUUUUGACUGUACCACGAGUAUUAUUGCAUUUUUAGUGUAUUUAAGUUAAUUAAACACAUUUCUUGUGUACUGUGAAGAUAGUGUAAACGUUCAUCAUGAGUUUUAGCUUUGGAAGCGCCACAACAACCGCUGGAAGUACAUUUGGUACCACAACACCAUCAACAGGCCUAGCAUUUGGCAGUGGAGAUGCAUCUAAACCGCUGUUCGGUUCUUCAAGUACAGAAAACAAACCAUUCAACUUUUCGAGUUCCACGACCGGUGCUCCCGCAUUCUCAUUUGGAGCUAAAACAUCCGCCACAACUGCGUCUUCAUUGUUUUCGGCCUCACCAGCCACCACCACUUCAGCGUUUGGUGCGAGCAAGCCGCUCAGCUUCAGCGGGUUCGCAUCACCACCCAACCAGACUGUUGGCAGUCCUGGCUUCGGGCAGCCUGCUGCACAGACGACCGCUCAAAACCUGUCAUUUGGAGCUGCCCAGUCAACACCUGCUCCUAGUUUCGGAACACCAGCAACACAAGCGGCCCCAGCGUUCGGCGCAGGCGCAUCCAGCGGUUUCUCCUUCGCCAAGACGACAGCGUCAACCGGGUUUGCCUUCGCCACACCCACCUCCGGUUUCUCAGCGCCUCAGGCUACCACUGCCACCACAUCAAAUGCUCCACAAACCACGCAGUCCAGCUUUUUGACGUCCACAACAUCAGCCUUCGGGGCGAAGCCCGCGUUCAGUUUCGGAGCCUCCACGCCUGCCUUCGGAGCACCCGCGGCAGCCGCUAGCGCAGCACCUGCCUUCGGAUCUACCACAGCAACUCUUAGCUUCGCGCUAGGCGGUCAGCAAACAGCGGCGAAUACCGCCCAAACGACCCCAGCCAAAACCCAAGGCCUCAGCUUUGGUGCUUCCACUUUCGGCACUUCUACGGCUCAAACCCCGGCCUUUGGCAGUGCCACGACACAACCGGCCCCGGCUUUCGGCACUUCUACAGCCCAAGCUCCCGCUUUCGGCUCAUCAACAGCCCAAACGCCAGCUUUCGGCACAUCAACAGCCCAAGCUCCGGCUUUCGGCACAUCUACGGCCCAAGCUCCCGCGUUCGGCACGUCUACGGCUCAAACGCCUGCUUUCGGCACUUCUACGGCCCAAACGCCCGCUUUCGGCACCUCUACGGCCCAACCGGCACCAUCUUUCGGCGCGUCCACCCAAGCCCCAGCCUUCGGGACGUCCCAACCGGCUCAAACGUCAGCCCCUAGUUUCGCCCAAACAACUUCAGCGCCAUCUUUCGGUGGUUCGGCCGCGCCAGCGUUCGGCACAUUCCAAGCCCCUUCCUCUGGUUUAAAUUUCGGCGCUACCACCACGGCCGCGUCAACUCAGCCCAGUUUUGGUUCUCAACAAACCGGGCUUAGUUUCAAACCAAGCACGACCCCAGCCACUCAAACUGGGCUUAGUUUUGCGACUACUCAACCGACUCCAUCUUUCGCGCCGUCAACUACCGGGCUUAGUACGGCGCCGACUGGGCUUAGUUUCAGCCAGCCGGCUGCCUCGACUGGGCUUAGUUUCACAGCCACUACUGGGCUUAGUUUGAAGCCUGCGUCAUCGGCUGCGACUACGGCGGGAUUAAGCUUCGCAACGUCGGCUGCGUCUACGCAACCAAGCACGGGGCUUAGUUUCGGAACUACCACAUCGACGGCUGGGCUUAGUUUCGGAACUAAAACUACGGCUGCCACCGCCACUUCUAGCACAGCUUCAACCACAGCUCCGUCUGGCAUCACAGCAUUGGGCACCACAACUUCAGCAUCAACUACGCUGCCGGCACUUGGAGCCACUGCCACAACAACAGCAACCGGCCCGCCGCCCGCUAUGAUUUCAAACAUAACCUUCGCGCAGUUAGAAGAGAACAUCAACAAGUGGACCAUCGAGCUGGAAGACCAGGAAGCUACAUUCAUAAACCAGGCCACGCAGGUCAACGCCUGGGACCGGCUGCUCAUCGCUAACGGAGAGAAGAUAGUAGAACUCAACGACGCGGUCCAGUCGGUCAAGAACGAGCAAGAGAGCCUGGAGCACGAAUUAGACUUCGUGCUCGCCCAACAGCGCGAGUUGGAACAACUGCUCGCGCCGCUGGAGAAGCAACUGUUGGACGCCGCGCCCGAUCGCCCGCGCGAUCCGGAGAUACAACACAUGUACUCCUUGGCUGAGAACCUAGACUCACAGCUUCGGCAGAUGUCUGAAGACCUGAAGGAGGUCAUAGAACACUUGAACGAGACCAACAGGAGUCAGGACAGCAAUGAUCCUAUCGUGCAAAUAGGUCGGAUCCUCAACGCUCACAUGUCGUCAAUGCAGUGGGUAGACUCCGCCAUAGCCCAAAUAUCCAGUCGUUUAGACGCACUUAGAGCAACACACGAUGAACUCAGAAGGGACAACGAAAGGUCCUUCCAUUUGACUUAUAAUUAGAUUAUUUUGGAGCUAGGAUUUUUUAAAACCGUAUACUGUUGUUACGUUUACACAUAAACUGAUGUUGUAUUUUGUAUUAGAUUCCCAUAGCUGUCUGUUGUACGAAUUGUAAAAGACUAAAACCUUUCAAAAACAGUAUGUAUGUGGUGAUGAUUUGUAACAGAAAUAUUAAGAUUUAUGUCAGCAUCAGUAGUUUGGGACAGGGAAUUCAGUAUUUAUAAAUACCGUAGGAUACAAAUGACCCGUAAUUUUUUUACUCCAUCAAUUUUUUUCCAUCAACUCUCUCUGCUCAUUGAAUAACCUAAUUAUUGCAAAAUGAAACCUUAUUUACAAAAGACACUUCUUUUUACCUUUCUUUCGAAUUCUCUCAGUCCUAAGCUAUUUUCUCGCCAAUGGUUUUAAGAAAUGAAUCAACAUGCCUUGCACAAUGCAAAGGUAUGACAAUUUCAUAAAAUUAUCAUUCUAGGUAGUCAUCUAAUUAAUGUAAUCCAAAAACUGGACUGGAAUAUUCCCAUAUGCCUAAUUAUAAAGUUACUGUCAUAGUUUGUACAAGAUUUAAGUCCCAAUGGUUUC